AUGAUUGUAAAAUACAACAACAGAUUAUUUUCCAAUUUAAACUAUGUAUUUGAUAAUUUACAUAAAAUACAUUUUCGUUCAUUUAAUACACCAUCACGUAAUGAUUAUUGUCCAUCGCCUGAUUCCAAUCCUUCAGAAUCAUCAGAAGAUGCUUCAAGCAAUUUAAAACUCAAUAAUGUUAAGUUGGUAGAAUAUACCUUCAAUUGGGGAGUUGGAAAUAAAUAUAUUGAACAAUCCCGCAACAGGUUAGAUUCACCGUGUUUAAUUCAAAAUUUCAGGAUAAGGCCCACACAUAAGAAAAAAGUUACCACCGUUACAAUUCCUUCCAAUUAUUUUGAUGUUACAGAUAAGUUUGAAAACUGCAAGUUGGUUUUUGACGAGGUUAAUGAACAAUGGGAAGUUCUCUGGCUGGAAUAUAAUAAACUUAACGGGAAACCCUUUCCGGUCAAAAAACAUGGAAUCCAGGCCUCAAAGAGACAAGCAAUAGAAUUUGCUAAGGAGAUUAAUGAUAAACUAAAUAAUUCUGACGGUAAUAACCAUCAUAAGAAUAGCAACGAGGAUAAAAAUAUAUCUUUCGACAAUGUUCUACAAUGCUGGGUAGGAUUAGGUAGAGCUGGGAGUCGUCCAAUCGCUAGAGCAUACUCGGCAGAUUAUCACGGAUUUGAAAAUUCUAAAGACCUUUCUAAAAACUUAAACAAGUCGAAUUAA